AUGAUUGCAUCUCUAUUCAACCGUGGAGCAUUGUCGCUCGCGGUCUUGUCACUUCUUGCAUCCUCUGCUGCAGCUGAUGUAUUUGAGAGUUUGUCUGCUGUUCCUCAGGGAUGGAGAUAUUCUCGCACACCGCGUGCUGAUCAGCCCCUGAAGCUACAGAUUGCACUGGCACAGGGGGAUGCUGCCGGAUUCGAAGAGGCUGUGAUGGAAAUGUCAACCCCUGAUCACCCCAGCUACGGGAACCACUUCAACACCCACGAGGAAAUGAAGCGCAUGCUGCAGCCCCGUGCGGAGUCCGCUGACUCGAUCCGCGACUGGCUUGAAGGUGCUGGUAUUACCAAGAUCGAACAGGAUGCCGACUGGAUGACCUUUCACACUACCGUGGAGACGGCAAAUGAGCUGCUGGCAGCCAAUUUCCAGUUCUACGCCAACAGUGUCAAGAAAAUAGAGCGUCUUCGCACACUCAAGUACUCCGUCCCGGAGCCUCUGGUGUCACACAUUAACAUGAUUCAGCCAACCACCCGUUUUGGCCAGCUGCGCGCCCAACGGGGCAUAUUGCACACCCAGGUCAAGGAAAAUGACGUGGCUUUCCGCGGCAAUGCCAUGUCCACUAAGCCGGACUGCAACAGCGUCAUCACUCCCCAGUGUCUCAAGGAUCUGUACAAUGUCGGUGACUACAAGGCUUCCGCCACCAAUGGGAACAAGGUCGGGUUUGCCAGCUACCUAGAGGAGUAUGCACGAUACUCCGAUCUGGAACUCUUUGAGAAGAAUGUCGCGCCCUUUGCCAAGGGCCAGAACUUCUCCGUCGUUCAGUAUAACGGCGGUGGUAAUGAUCAAAACUCCAGGGGUAGCAGCAGCGAGGCGAACCUCGACCUGCAGUACAUUGUUGGAGUCAGCUCCCCCGUUCCCGUUACAGAGUUCAGCGUUGGCGGCCGCGGUGAACUUGUUCCGGAUCUCGACCAGCCUGAUCCCAAUAAUAACAACAACGAGCCAUACCUUGAAUUCCUCCAGAACGUGCUCAAGAUGGACAAGAAGGACCUUCCCCAUGUGAUUUCCACCUCUUACGGCGAGGAUGAGCAGAGCGUUCCCGAGAAGUACGCCCGCACCGUUUGCAACUUGUACUCGCAGCUCGGCAGCCGCGGUGUGUCCGUCAUCUUCGCAUCUGGCGACUCCGGCGUAGGCUCCGCAUGCCAGACAAACGAUGGCAAGAACGCGACCCGCUUCCCACCGCAGUUCCCCGCCGCCUGCCCAUGGGUAACAUCAGUCGGUGCCACAACCCACACCGCGCCCGAAAGGGCCGUGUACUUCUCAUCCGGCGGCUUCUCCGAUCUCUGGGAUCGCCCGAAAUGGCAGGAAGAUGCCGUGAGUGAAUACCUCGAGACCAUAGGCGACCGCUGGUCCGGCCUUUUCAACCCCAAAGGUCGUGCCUUCCCCGACGUCUCAGCCCAAGGUCAGAACUUCGCCAUCUACGAUAAGGGCUCGUUGUCCAGCGUCGACGGCACAUCCUGCUCAGCUCCUGCCUUUGCCGGAGUCAUCGCUCUACUCAAUGAUGCACGCCACAAGGCUAAGAAGGCUCCUCUGGGAUUCCUCAAUCCCUGGCUGUACUCGACAGGCCGUGCCGGACUCAACGAUAUUGUUCACGGUGGUAGCACCGGCUGCGAUGGUAACGGCCGCUUCAGCGGCCCUGCUAACGGUGGUCCGUCGGUUCCAGGUGCUAGCUGGAAUGCUACCAAGGGCUGGGACCCUGUCUCUGGUCUUGGAUCGCCCAACUUUGGUACCCUGCGCAAGCUUGCGAACGCUGAGUAG